AUGGCAACCACUUACUGGGAGACACAGACGCCAACAGGUUUGGCCUUGAGGCUGGUGAACGGAGGGGGCCGGUGUCAGGGCCGGGUGGAAGUCCUGUACCGGGGCUCGUGGGGCACCGUGUGUGAUGACAACUGGGACACCAAUGACGCCAAUGUGGUGUGUAGGCAGCUCGACUGUGGCCCAGCUCUGUCAGCUCCAGGAAGUGCCCGCUUCGGUCAAGGCUCAGGGCCUAUUCUCCUAGACGACGUGGGCUGCUCAGGACACGAGUCCUACCUGUGGAGCUGCCCCCACAACGGCUGGCUCUCGCACAACUGCGGCCACGGGGAAGACGCCAGCGUCAUCUGCUCAGGUUUGCCUCUGAGGCUGGUGAAUGGAGGUGACUGCUGUCAGGGCCAGGUGGAGGUCCUGUACCAAGGCUACUGGGGCACCGUGUGUGAUGACAGCUGGGACGCCCACGACGCAGAUGUUGUCUGUCGGCAGCUCGGCUGUGGCCAUUCAGUGUUGGCCCUGGGCGGGGCCUGCUUUGGUCACGGCUCAGGGAACAUUCUCUUGGGUACAGUGUACUGUUCGGCAUGGGAGCCCUACCUGUACUGUCCCCACAGCGGGUGGUACAACCAUGAGUGUGGCCACAGGAAAGAUGCCAGAAUCCUGUGUUCAGGGACUGAAUUGGGUUUGGCCCUGAGGCUGGUGAAUGGAGAGGGCCGGUGUCAGGGCCGGGUGGAGGUCCUGUACCGGGGCUCGUGGGGCACCGUGUGUGACGACGGCUGGGACACCCAUGACGCCAACGUGGUGUGCAGGCAGCUGGGCUGUGGCCCAGCUCUGUCAGCGCCAGGAAGUGCCCGCUUUGGUCAGGGCUCAGGGCCUAUUGUCCUGGACGACGUGGGCUGCUCGGGACACGAGUCCUACCUGUGGAGCUGCCCCCACAACGGCUGGCUCUCGCACAACUGCGGCCACGGGGAAGACGCCAGCGUCAUCUGCUCAGUUCCCCCAUCAGGUCUUCUCAGCACACCUGGUCAGUGGAACCCCCAGGCUACCACCGACGACAGGGCUUUCCACCGUGUCAAUGCCGGUUUGCCUCUGAGGCUGGUGAAUGGAGGUGACCGCUGUCAGGGCCGGGUGGAUGUCCUGUACCAAGGCUACUGGGGCACCAUGUGUGAUGACAGCUGGGACGCAGACGUCAUCUUGUGGCAGCUGGGCUGUGGCCAUUCAGCGUUGGCCCUUGGCGGGGCCCGCUUUGGUCAGGGCUCAGGGAACGUUCUCUUGGGCCCAGUGUACUGCCCUGGGUGGGAGGCCUACCUCAACUGCCCUCACAGCAAGUGGUACCACCAUGAAUGUGGCCACAGGGAAGACACCGGCAACCUGUGUUCAGGUUCUUUGAUUUCCACGGAGGCACCCCUGACAACUGCAGUGGAAGCAGCCGACUCAGAGAACAGGAGUCCAGGCUCCGGCGUGAACCGGGGAGGGCGAGAAGAGCAGUGGGGAAGGGGGCCGCCGGGCUGUGGGCAGUGGCGGGUCGCUGAAGCCCGGAAUGCUGAUGAGCCAGCGAGGCCGCUGGGGCUGGAGCUCCAUCCCCAGCAGGGUCUCGGGGGCGCCCCAUUAGUCUCGGACUCCCUGCCCCUGGGCCGCCGGAAUGGGCUCUUCCCCCAGAACUGCUGGGACCCCUCCUUGCUGUUGCCACGCAGGGGAGUUGAGGCGGUGGCCGUGGCGGCCUGUCCCGGGCGUGCCAAGGGGCCGUCCUAUUCCGGAGAGGAGAAAGCCCCCAGGCCCAGCCAGGCAGGCAGGCACUGGCGGUGGGAUAGAGGGCGGAGCUCCCGGAGGACCCGCAGGUUCGCGGCGCUGGGGGGCGGUGUGCGCGCAGCGGGCGCGCCAGCAGCCUCAGCUCGGCGUGAGCCCCUGCGCCUCUUCCACCUCGGAGACCAGCUGGGGCCCCUGCGCGCUUUGGGUCCGACUUUCCUUCUCUUUCUCACAGACGUGCGGGCCCGGUCCACACUCCUGCCGUCCGCCUGGCCCAACACGAGCCCAGGUGUGGCGUCGGCGACAGAUUGGCGGCACCCAUUCCCUACAACCACUGAGGGACCGUCUUCAAAUUGUGGUGGCUUCUUAUUCAGUGCCAGUGGGACAAUUUCCAGCCCAUCCUACCCUGGAUAUUACCCGAACAAUGUUAAGUGUGUCUGGGAGAUAGAAGUGAAUUCUGGCUACCGCAUAAACCUGGGCUUCAACCACCUGCAGUUGGAGUUACACAGUAGCUGCAAUUAUGAUUAUGUUGAAAUCUUUGAUGGGUCACUGAACAGCAAUAAUUUGCUGGGGAAAAUCUGUAAUGGCACCAGGCAAAUAUUCACAUCUUCUUACAACAGAAUAAUUGUUCGAUUCCGAAGUGAUGCCAGUGUCCAAAACACCGGCUUUUCUGCUUGGUAUAACUCCUUUCCAGGAGAUGCCAGUUUGAGAUUAGUCAAUUUCAACUCCUCCUUUGGUGCAUGUGCCGGGCGUGUGGAAAUUUACCACGGUGGCAACUGGGGGACAGUUUGUGAUGAUUCCUGGGACAUUCAGGAUGCCCAGGUGGUCUGCAGACAGCUGGGCUGUGGAUAUGCAGUAUCAGCCCUGGGAAACGCCUAUUUUGGCCAUGGCUCUGGCCCCAUCACCCUGGACGAUGUGGUGUGCUCAGGAACGGAAUCUACUCUCUGGCAGUGCCGGAACCGGGGCUGGUUCUCCCAUAAUUGUGCCCACCGUGAAGAUGCUGGAGUCAUUUGCUCAGGAAACUACACAACAACCUCUGCUCCUGUUUACAUCACCCGUCCAACCACAAAUUAUUCCUGCGGAGGCUUCCUGUCCCAACCUUCAGGGCACCUCUCCAGCCCAUUCUAUCCUGGGAGCUAUCCAAACAACGCCAAAUGUGUGUGGGACAUCGAAGUCCAAAACACCUACCGCGUGACUGUUGUCUUCAGAGAUGUCCAGCUUGAAGGAGGCUGUAACUACGACUACAUCGAGGUGUUCGAUGGUCCCCACCACAGUUCCCCUCUUAUCGCACGCGUCUGUGAUGGGUCAAGGGGCUCUUUCACCUCGUCGUCAAACUUCAUGUCUAUUCGCUUCAUCAGCAAUGGCAGUGUCACAAGGAGAGGCUUCCAGGCCGACUUCUACUCUAGUCCUUCCAAUGACAGCACCAAGCUGCUUUGUCGGUCGAAUCACAUGCAAGCCAGCGCGAGCAGAAGCUACCUCCAAUCCCUGGGCUAUUCUGCCGGGGACCUUGUCAUUCUCAGCUGGAACGGGAGCUACCAGUGUCGGCCCCAGAUAACGUUGAGCCAGGUGACAUUCACAAUUCCCUACUCAGGCUGCGGCACCCUCGAGCAGGUAGAUAAUGAUACCAUCACCUAUUCCAACGUCCUCAAAGCAGCAGUUUCAAGGGGCAUCAUCAAGAGAAACAAGGACCUCCACAUUCACGUCAGCUGCAGAAUGCUCGAGAACACCUGGGUUGACACAAUGUACAUUGCUAAUGACACCAUCGAGGUCGAGGAAGUCCAGUAUGGCAAUUUUGACGUGAACAUUUCCCUUUACACAUCCUCUUCAUUCUUGUAUCCCGUGACCAGCAGCCCAUACUAUGUGGACCUGAACCAGAAUUUGUACCUUCAGGCUGAAAUCCUCCAUUCUGACGCCUCCCUGGACUUAUUUGUGGACACCUGUGUGGCGUCGCCAUAUUCCAAUGACUUUACGUCUCUGACUUAUGAUCUAAUCCGGAGCGGGUGUGUGAAGGAUGAAACCUACCAAUCCUACGCUCCGCCGUCGCCCCGCAUCGCCCGCUUCAAAUUCAGUUCCUUCCACUUUGUGAACCGCUUCCCCUCCGUGUACCUGAAGUGUAAGAUGGUGGUGUGCAAGGCGUACGACUCCUCUUCCCGCUGCCACAGAGGCUGUGUGGUGAGGGCCAAGAGGGAUGUGGGCUCCUACCAGGAGAAGGUGGACGUCGUCCUCGGGCCCAUCCGACUACAGGGCCCGCACACCAAGGAGAGGAGCCUGGCCCUGCCGGCUGACGUGGAGGAGCAGGCCAGCACGCAGGGGAGCUACCACAGCGCUGCCGUCUCUGCUGGGGUCUUCCUGGUCGUGGUCCUGGUUGUGGCAGCCUUCACCCUGGGGAGGAACACCCGUGCCGCCAGUUACCAGCCUCUGAGCUCUAAGAUGUGAAGCCAGGAGGACGCACACAGCGCUCAGACAUCGACCCCGUGUGCUUCGGGACCCGUGAGGGAGGAAGAGAUGCGUGCCCAGAGCUUGGCACCCAGCUGCACCUCCACUCUGUUCACUCUGGCCCAGGCACACAGUGG